AUGGCCACCACUACCAUUCGCCAGUACACCACCUCCAGCUCCAUCAAGGGCUCCUCUGGCCUUGGUGGGAGCUCCUCCAGAGCCUCCUGCCGGGCCCCAGGCAGCAGCUUUGGUUCUGUCUCCUCUUCUAGGCUGGUCUCAGGAGGAAGCCUAGGGGGAGGUUAUGGAGGCAGCAGUUAUUCUGGCAAUUACAGCUUCAGUAGUGGGUUGGGGGGCAGCUAUGGGAGCAGCUUCGGUGGUGUGGAUGGCCUCCUGGCUGGUGGGGAGAAGGCCACCAUGCAGAACCUCAACGACCGCCUGGCUUCCUACCUGGACAAGGUGCGUGCCCUGGAAGAGGCCAACACUGAUCUGGAGCUGAAGAUUCGGGACUGGUACCAGAAGCAGGCACCUGGGCCUGCCAAGGACUACAGUGGCUACCAUCAGACCAUUGAGGACCUGAAGAACAAGAUCCUCACGGCCACUGUGGACAAUGCCAACAUCCUUCUGCAGAUUGACAAUGCCCGCCUGGCUGCUGAUGACUUCCGAACCAAGUAUGAGACAGAGCUGGCGUUGCGCACCAGCGUGGAGGCUGAUAUCAAUGGCCUACGCAGAGUGCUGGACGAGUUGACCCUGGCCAGGGCUGACCUGGAGAUGCAGAUUGAGAACCUGAAGGAGGAGCUGGCUUACCUUAGGAAGAACCAUGAGGAGGAGAUGAAUGCCCUUAGAGGCCAGGUGGGUGGAGAGAUCAAUGUGGAGAUGGACGCAGCACCUGGUGUGGACUUGAGCCGAACCCUGGCUGAGAUGCGUGACCAGUAUGAGAAGAUGGCGGAGAAGAACCGCAAAGAUGCUGAGGACUGGUUCUUCAGCAAGACUGAAGAGCUGAACCGAGAAGUAGCCACCAACAGUGAGCUCCUGCAGAGUGGUAAGAGCGAGAUCUCUGAGCUGCGCCGCAGCGUUCAAGCCCUGGAGAUUGAGCUGCAGUCCCAGCUCAGCAUGAAAGCCUCCCUGGAGGGCAGCCUGGCUGAGACAGAGAGUCGCUACUGCGUCCAGCUGUCCCAGAUCCAGGGGCUCAUCAGCAGCGUUGAGGAGCAGCUGGCUCAGCUCCGCUGUGAGAUGGAGCAGCAGAACCAAGAGUACAAGAUCCUCCUGGAUGUGAAGACCCGCCUGGAGCAGGAGAUUGCCACCUACCGCCGCCUGCUGGAGGGAGAGGAUGCCCACCUGUCUCAGUACAAACCCAAAGAACCUGUGACCACUCGCCAGGUGCGCACCAUUGUGGAGGAGGUGCAGGAUGGCAAGGUCAUUUCUUCCCGGGAGCAGGUCCACCAAUCUACCCGCUAA